AUUCUCGGGGAGUAUCAAGUCGUGGCGGCCGAUUACGACAACUACGCCGUCACCUGGGGCUGUCGGGAGAUGCUCAACGGAAUGCUCCACUUUCAGGUGAUGUACCUGCUGGGUCGAAGGCCGCAGCUCGAGGACCAUUACAUCAACGAGGCGAAGAGGAAAGCCCGGGACAUGGGCCUCCGCACGGACGGACUGUUCCGGAGCAACUACGGCUGCAAGGAGAACCCGGGCUCCCCGGCGGAGGUGAACGGGGAGAUGAGGCAGAUGAACAACGGCUUCCAUCUCUCCCUUCGGCGGUGA